GUCGCGGAUGUAACCAUGUCAUUACCCGCCCCUCGGCCUGCUUCUCCAGAUUCAUCCGCGGUGAGUAAAGCGCGCUUGCUGAAGAGGAAGCGGCCCGCGCGACGCUAGAGGAAACACGCUCUCUCGCUGUGCGCGUGCGAGCGGCGCUUCAAACAAUAGAAGGUGAGGGUUUAUGAGUGCAGAGAUGUCUGGCAGCGUGAUCCGCGGCCCUGCUGGAAACAACGACUGCCGCAUCUAUGUGGGGAAUCUGCCGCCUGAUAUCCGCACCAAAGAUGUCGAAGAUGUCUUUUAUAAGUACGGAGCCAUUCGAGACAUCGAUCUGAAAAACCGACGAGGCGGACCUCCAUUCGCCUUUGUCGAGUUUGAAGACCCGAGGGAUGCUGAAGAUGCUGUUUACGCCCGUGAUGGCUAUGACUAUGAUGGCUAUCGUCUCCGAGUGGAGUUUCCCAGGAGCGGGAGAGGAGGUUUUGGUGGAGGUGGUGGUGGAGGUGGUGGUGGUGGUGGAGGAGGUGGUGGGGCUCCUAGGGGUAGAUAUGGACCCCCAUCCAGACGUUCAGAGUACAGAGUAAUCGUUUCAGGGCUUCCACAGAGCGGGAGCUGGCAGGAUCUGAAGGAUCACAUGCGCGAAGCAGGUGAUGUAUGUUACGCUGACGUUUUCCGAGAUGGCACCGGUGUGGUGGAGUUUGUUCGCAAAGAAGACAUGACCUACGCCGUUCGCAAACUGGAUAACACAAAAUUCCGGUCCCACGAGGGAGAAACUGCGUACAUCCGUGUGAGGGUGGAUGGUCCCCGCAGUCCGAGCUAUGGAAGAUCCAGGUCAAGGAGCCGCAGUCGCAGCAGGAGUCGCAGCCGCAGCAACAACCGUAGCCGAAGCUACUCCCCACGCCGCAGUCGAGGAUCCCCGCAGUACUCUCCUCGCCAUAGCCGCUCCCGCUCUCGCUCCUAAACGAGCCCUCUCGGAGCCCUCGAACCAGUUGUUCUUUUAGUCUUCACACAAACCCCAUGUUUUAAUUCCACCCUUCUUGUUUCAUGUGACAAUGAUCAUCUUAUGUCUUUCUGUCCUUCUAAUUUUUCUCUCCCUCUAUUGGUUAUUUUAAACAUGCAUUUUUAACAGAACAACCCCACAUCAUUUUUUUUAACUACAAAGUGGAUUUCUUUUACAUAUACCUAACGAAGGGUUAUGUAAUGGCUCCCGAUAUUUUUGUAAAUGCCAUGUAUGAAAGUUAUUCAUGAAAUACUGGGUUCCACAAUUGUUUCAUGCUAUGAUACAGAACUGAUGCUUUGUAAUAAAGGAUUACUAAAUCUA